AUGUUUUUUAUUUGGAGUCUGUUGGCUACAGCUGCCUGUGCAACUACAGCAAAAGAUUUGGUUGGAACAUGGACUACCAAAUCCCAAGAAGUCAUUACUGGUCCAGGAUUCUAUGAUCCGCUCAAGGAUAAGCUGCUGGAGCCGAAUCUGACUGGUGUUUCAUAUUCAUUUGACGACCAAGGUCAUUAUGAGGAAGCAUACUACCGCGCAAUCUCAAAUCCUGUCGAUCCAGCAUGCCCGAAAGGAAUCAUGCAGUGGCAACACGGGUCCUUUGAAAUAUCUGCCGAUGGUUCUUUGACACUGAACCCAAUUGCCGUUGAUGGUCGUCAACUAUUGUCCGAUCCCUGUCGGCAAGAGAUUGGUCUAUACACGCGAUACAACACAACCGAGCACUUCAAGUCAUUCUCCACAGGAGUCGACAAAUAUCACAAGAUUCAACGACUCGACUUGAAGAAGCCUGAUGGCUCGCUGCUUCAUCCUAUGUUCCUUGCCUAUCGGCCACCAAAGAUGCUACCCACCACAACAUUGAACCCCAAACCAACUGGCUCUAAGGGCAAGCGUGAUGUGUCGUCUAAGUCUGGAUUCAGUCUCAUCAGUCGGGAAGAGUUGAUCAACCCAGCACGCUGGUGGUGGUUGGGUGUCCUAAUGACCUCGCUUGGAGGCGCGGCAGUUUUCUACUCGUGA